GAAUCCAAAAGUUGGAUGUAUAAACAUAUUGGUCACCCAGGAAAUUAGUUCUACUAUCCUUUAAUAAUAUUCACAACAAUCGUUACCGACGCCGGUCGUCACCUAUUGAGCAUCAGAAAUACACAGCAGUUUCCGAACAAUCAAAAAUCAACAAUGGCUACCUUAGAUUUCCUUCCCGCUACUACUUACACACCACCGUCACCUGGGCAGGCCCGCAGGAACCAACGGUCGCUUAAUACUAUAAUAGAGGAAGGUUCAGUGAGAGGAUCACUGGUAGAGGCACGCGAGGUUCAGGUUAGGUCACCAAAGAAGGCAGAAUGGCUGUCCCCGCUCAGCGACCACUUCCCAACACCUCGAGGCAUUCAUUUCAUGUCUGCACCCAGGCCAGCUUCCUCUGUUGUGGAUUCGGACAACGAAGAUACCUUCUCCCCAGCGCCUUCAUCUGCUCCAUGGACGAGAGAUAGCUACACAACACAGGCUACCGACUUCGAUGACCUGUAUGAUGCAUCUUCAGACGAAGAGCGAAGGAGAAAGACGAGGUCCAGGAGAACGAGCACCCAAAAGAGAUCAUCUAUGAGCUCCACAUCAAGCAGGACAUCAUUGACUUCACUUCCUACUUUAGUCAUCCCAUCUCAAGGAGAUCCAUGGCCAGGAGUUGAGGCAUUCAAAAAGUUGACUUCUCCCGUACCUCCCACCCCACCACCCAAGGUACCCAUGUCUCCUGCCGUCUUCAAGUACCUACAAUCACAAGAAGUUCCAUCAUCCUCCACUCCUCCAUCCCUGGAUGGCAGUCUUUCCUCUGAGCAGUUUGCUGUUAUGUCAGCUCCUCCAACACCGAUUGUUGGAAAUGACAGUGAAGCAGAGUAUGAUGGAUGGGGAGGAGUUCAGCUACAACCUGCAGCAAUGGCAACUUUGCAAGCCCUCUCUGGCGGAGAUGAUCUGUUCGAGCAACAGACUGAGCAAGUCAUUGAGCUCUCAAACGCCUCCCAACCACCACGAGAGAUGCAACAAGUUCUUCCUCCACUCAACACCAACCUCCACCGCAAUAGCUCGGUUAUUCUUUCGCCCGAACAACAAAGGUCACUGAACAGUCUGAGCCGGUUAGAGAUUCCUUCACCUGGUGGAUUUUUCUCCACAUUGUCUCCUAAUACCAGGCAUACAUGGCACUUGGUUGCAAGCACACCAGAGGAUGCUUACCCACCCUCGUCCACCACUGCCGAGCACUUCUACAAGACUCCAUGGUCCUCUGCACCAAUCGAGCGAAUCAUUGAAGUCCCAGAGACUGCUUCAGAGGGUAUGCUAACGGCAAGGCCUAUCUUGACUCGUCCUGAGCUCCGCCACGAGAGCUCCGAGGAGACUGUCGUUCAAGCUUCCCCCGUUGAAGAGGAGGUUAUUCCUGACGAAAUCUUGGUGAGCCAUGCCUCUGACUAUGCCAGCAAAUUGAACGACGUUGCAGUCGCCAACCUCGACAGGACUGGUCUCUGGCUCGCAGCUCAAUCGGACUAUCUCUCGGAACUUAUCAACCCCACCGAGGAGCGAGAUGAUGAAGUAGCUCUACUGAAGAGAGCUGCCAGCACCAAGAGCCAGGCCGGCUUCUCUCCCAGCGAAGUCAACCUCAAGGAGAACCCACUACCCACCACUGACAUCUCAGUCCCAGCACGAAAGACUGUCCGCUUCUCCAACGUUGUCAAGACCUCAGACGCCGUUGCUGUUCCUCUCCCAUCAAAGCUUGAGCGACAAGAAUCAGCCUACUACCGAUCUUUCCAGUCUUUCGCCGCUGAGUCUAGACAUCGUGAUACAUUCGUGCACCGACUUCCACGUUUCGAGGCUCUCCAGGCUCAACGUGUUUCUUUCAGCACUGCUCACCGAGCUCACCUGCUUGGCAAGUACCAAUUGAGCGUCGUCCCCAUGUCGGCCAAGCGUCGUCUGUCAGCGAAUGUUGCACGAGGAGAUGAGAUCGCUCCUGAGGACCCGGACAAGCUUAGACGAGACAAAGAGUUCGAAGCUCGUCAACAAAUGUCCGCUGCCAACUGGAACGUUCAAGCCCUCAAGCUCCUUAACGGAGGACGUCUGAUCGCUGCACCAGUAGCCAAGCGUCUCGCAAGACUCUCAUCCAUAGGCCCCAAAUCCGAUGGUACUCCAAGAGAUCGUGCCAGAAUCUUGGAUCUCGGUGGACAAGCAACCUGCGACUGGGCUUGGCACUGCGCAGCCGAGUAUCCCAACACCAAGGUCUACACCAUCACCACGAAGUCCCUCCGUCAAGUCUCCAACUCCAACAUUCGCGGCCCAAAGAACCACCGCAAUGUCGCUGUCGAGAAAUUGACAAAGCUUCCCUUCAAGGACAACCAAUUCGAUCUCAUCUCCGCACGAGAGGUCUACACAAUCCUCAAAUCGCAAGGAGAGAACGGCGAAGAUGAAUGGGACUCUUGCUUGAAGGAAUGCUACCGAGUCUUGAAGCCAGGCGGAUACCUCGAGUUUUCCAUCAUGGACUCGGAUGUCGUUAACGCUGGACCUCUGGGAUUGGCCAAGUCUGUUGAGUUCGGAUAUACCCUCAAGACUCUCGGCUAUGAUGCCCACCCAACCAAGACCUUCAUGUCCCGUCUCUCUAGCUCGGGGUUCACCAACGUCAAGCGUGCCUGGGUUUUCCUUCCCAUGGGCGAGAAUCAAAGCUUGAAGAGGGAGAGAGAGGUUAAGAGAGAUAGCUGUGGUGUUGAGAUUAAGCUGGAGUUGGAGGCUAUGGUGUCUGGUAGCACUGCGGAUGUCGCGAGCGUUACUGGGGUUGUCGGAGCUUGGGCUUGGGAGAAGUGGUUGUUGAGAGCUAAGGUUCAGAAUGAGGGCAUGGAGGCCACUGUUGAGGGUGUUCAGAGUGUAGUUGAGGAGGGCAGGAAGUGUGGUGCUGGAUGGAGAACUGUUAAUGGAUGGGCCAGGAAGCCCUUUUAGGUGGGAUUUG